AGCAUACUAUGUAAAAUUUCUUGGAAAGUUAUUAAAUUAAAUUGUGUGUGCUAAUUGGCAAAUGUCUACUUUGAAUAAGCAUCAUUGGUGUGGGCUAUUACAGAAUUAAUUGUAAGUAGGUAUCUAAAGGACAACAAUGACGUCCAGAGAAAAGAUUAUGUAAAUAACUGGAGUACGUUACUACACUACGAUUACUUGGGGUUCAUAAUCACAAAAUGGAUGAAUUUAAGCAAGUACUCCAGAAAUUACAUAUUAUGUGGGGAUUUUGAUUACCACUGCUUACUUUGCAAUGAAACAUUCCAUUUGACUGCUGAUACGGAGAAGCACAUUCGGUGGGAAAAGCACAGGAACAACAUAAAAAACCAAACUCAAUUGCCAAAGUUCAUCAAUGACUCAAUAUCAAAGAUUACCAAUUUUUACUACUGUGGCAUCUGCAAUACUGUUAUAAAUGGUAUGAAAUCAGUGAAACUGCAUAUCAAAAAUGAGAAACAUAAGAAUUUAAAAAGUAAUCCUGAUUCCCUAACAAGAGAGCCCAUUGGUCAAUAUGCCUAUGAUUACAUAGAACUAAAUCGUGAGAAAAUUACAAUAAACACAUGGAAUGGAGUGAUUGCAAAAAAAUGCAUAAUAUGCAAUAGUACAGCAGAUGAUUUCUCUAAACAUAUCAAAGAGCAAGGACACCUCAUUAAGUUAAUUCAGUCUGAGAUUGUGAAAAGUGACGGCCAAUAUUACAGGAAGAUCAAUGAAGAUUCAUUCCAAUGUUUUACAUGUAAAAAAGUAUUCUUGAAUGACAUAUUCCCUGAACAUAGCAAGAAACAUGUGAAAAACUCUGAAAAUAGUAUUAAACAGCCAGGCCUUACAGUUUCAAAUUCCACAUGGGACGAAUUGGAUUUAGAUGGAAAGAUUAUCAUAGAUAUGCAUAGAGAUGUGUACAGUAUAGACAUGAAAAAUAAAAAGGCUAUCUGCAAAAUAUGUCAAGAUAUUGUACAUCCUGCCAGAAGACACUUUGAUUUACAUUUAAAUAUGCAUCUGAAAUCAGACGGCAAAGAUGGAAUUAAACCUGCCAGUGAAUUUCUCAUCGAACCCAAAGACCAUGGCAAGCGUAGAUCAGAGUUAGCUAAAUAUGGCAGGGAGAAUUAUAUAAAAUUAAAUGAAGGUGGCAAAAUGGGUUUCUGUACUCUUUGUGAUAAAAAGUUGUCACCGCAUCUCUGUGUCUUUGUAGAACAUGUGAAAGGCUUUCGUCAUACAAGCCAUUUGAAAUUAAAGAGAAUGGAACAUGAAAAGUCAACAUAUAAGACAUUUCCUUUGAAAAAAUUCAUUUCAAGUUUAAAUUAUUGCAAAAACUUAGAAAUGUUCCGCAUUAAUACUGAUUAUUUGAUAUUUAAAUAUGGUUUACUGUUUCUAAAAGAAAUAAAUUUCGGCUCAAAUAAGCAUUUAAAGUGCUAUGCUUGUGGCGAUGUUUAUCCCUCUACUGAAAAGUAUGAACACUGUAAGACAACCCAACACAAAACUAAUUUCCUAGCUGCCAAAUUUAUUGCUAACAAUGAUGAUAUUAUUUUGCGAGAAAUACGCCAAAAUCUCUAUCAUUGUGGUUUAUGUAAUGAAGUGUUACCUUUUUCUAAGUCACUAGAGAAACAUUUAAAAAGCCAAUCUCACAUGGCUUUAAUGUAUAAGACAACAACCCUGCGCCCAGCUAUAGACGCCCAACAAUAUUAUUAUCAGACCCUAAACUUUGAGUCUCUUUCGACAGAUGUCAAUGAUGAUAGUUUGUAUUCGAAGAUAAUGAAAGCAGUUUAUGAAUAACUACUUUAAGUCCUGUUCCAAAGAUUGUUUUUUAUUUACUUUGCUACUAUUUGAUUGUGAAACAUUUGUGAUAUUCAUACCUUUGUGAUUUGAUUUCCUUUGUUAUGUCAAUAAGUAAUGACAAUAAAGGUUUUUCUUUCUUUAAAUAUUAGUGAGUCUUAAAGGCUCUUCUGGCCCUAUUAUUGACAGGUCUGGAAUGUUUUGUACCUAAAAAAUUAAAACAAAAACCCCUGUUAAUUAUAUGUAUUCUAUAAGGUGAAUAACAUAUUUUUCUAAGGUUC